AAAGAUGGCACCGCAAUACUUUCACUUUAUUAUAUUUAAAUUUCUGGAAUUCAAAAAUUCCUUUUUCCCAAAUUUUCCAUUGUUUCUUCUGCCCUCUUUCCUUUUCUUCUUCUUCGUCGUCUUCAUCUCAAAAUUACCAUAACCCGAUUACAGAAUUUUAAUGGAAAACCCGGACCCGAGUAAGCGAACCCUGCGGAGAAGCAGCAACAGUCACAUAUCAAUGUCGGACACUGAGUCAACCACGAGCCAGGUCGAUUCAUGGCACUCCCCUCUCCGAUCCGACUCACCCUUCCGCUCCGACGACCCGUGCUUUCAGUCCGAAAACGACGCCGUCGGCAAUAAAAGCAGCAAGUCACUCGUUACCGUCGAUAAGUACUACUCCCCGGUGCCGUCCCCGGGAAAAUCCAAUUUUCCGGCGAGUUCUCCCGCCGCCGGUGGGAAGGGAUGGCGUCCGUGGCCGCACUCGGAGAAGCCCUCUUCCGGGAACGUCGAUACGCCGGCGGGUGGGAAGGGUGGUCGGAGGGAGAAGCCCGUUUCGGAGAACCGCGAUUUUCCGGCGGCGAAGGGGGCUUCUCCGGUGGUGCUGGGGCUCAACAGACUGGUCAGGGACGAGCCUCCUCCGCCGCCGCGGGUGAAGAAGGUGGGGCAGAGUGGCGGUGGUGGAUUGGUGGGGGAUGGGUACGGCGGCGGCGAGGGGGAGGCCGAGUUGGGCGGGGAACGGCGGCCGAGGGCGGCGGCGAGUAAGGCGGCGUUGGUUUUCAGAGUAUUCGAGCUGAUUUUGUGCCUGAUUUCAUUCUCUGUAAUGGCUGCUGACAAAACUAAGGGUUGGAGCGGCGAUUCUUUCGAUCGAUACAUGGAAUACCGAUAUUGCCUCUCUGUAAAUGUUAUCGGCUUCGUAUACUCGGCUUUUCAAGCGUAUGACCUGGCGUACCAUUUGGGCACGGAGAAACAUGUCAUCUCUCAUCAUCUACGUUAUCAUUUCGAUUUCUCAAUGGAUCAGAUUAUGGCUUACCUUUUAAUGUCGGCAUCUUCAUCGGCAGCUACAAGGGUGAAUGAUUGGAUAUUGAAUUGGGGCAAAGAUGAAUUUACGCUAAUGGCCACUGCUUCGAUCUCUAUGUCGUUUCUGGCGUUCGUUGCCUUUGCAUUGAGCUCUCUCGUUUCCGGUCACAAUCUUUGCACCAGGGAUUAAUUCGAUUUCGCAAUCUUUUUAUUUUAUUUUAAUUUUGAGAAACCGUUGCCGCGAAUAUCUUAGUUGCAGAGGAAAGGGGAAGAUGUGUAUAUAUGCCGUGUAAUUACGCAGGAAAUGCUCCUAUAUUUUUUUUUAAUUAUUAAUAUUAUGAUUAUUAUUUUGCCGUUCGGGGGCAUUUGUUAAGAUCGAUAUUAUUUACGAUAAAAUGCAUGUUACAUAUUACGAAAUUAAGUUGAGGGAAAAUCGUGCAAAAACAACGGGAUGCGAUAAAUGUCGUUUUAGUUUUAAAAAUACCGUUUCAACUUCGAAA